AUGACGAAAUCCAAACAGAAAGGAGGGCUGGGCUUUCAAGACUUUGAGAGCUUCAAUGAUGCUUUCUUAGCGAAGCUAAGCUGGCGCCUACACCACAACCCAUCGGGACUUUUGAGCAGAGUACUCAUGGGAAAAUAUUGUGGCGACACACCUUUCCUACAAGUCGAACAUAGAGCAGCGGAAUCACACGGCUGGAAAGGGAUUUUGAUAGGCAGAGACCUAAUGCUGAGCAAUGCAGGAUGGGCGAUUGGCAACGGGGAGUACGUUAACAUUUGGACUAACCUUGGCUUAGCCACUCCUCCCAAAUACGACCUAUGGGUCCAGCACCACAGCAGUACGCCGAAUGGACAAGCUACUAUCCAACAGGUCCUUCCACACGAGGAGGAGAGGAUUCUCAUCCUAAAACCAAGCAAGACAGGAGCCCCUGACAAACUCAUUUGGCUCGGCACAUGCUCCGGCAUCUACACGACAAAGACUGGCUACCAUAAGGCCCUAGAGUUAGUGGAAACAGCUGCAACACCUGCUGCGACUGCGGCCAUAGACUGGGAAAAAGGAAUUUGGAACUUGCAAACGGCAUCUAAGAUCAAACUCUUCCUCUGGAAGAUUUUUCAGCGGGCUCUCCCAGUCGGCGAACUUCUUGCUGUGAGGAAUAUUGGUACCACUCAGAACUGCACUCGAUGUGAUACAGUUGAAUCUAUCAACCACCUUUUCUUUCAUUGUGAGUUCGCAAGAAAGGUUUGGAGACUUGCACUCUUCUCUACUUGCUUUGAUUCUAGAGGUUUGCUAGAUUUAGCUACAGAGUGGCAACACCUAUGUACCCUCAAGUGCCUCCCACCGGUGGGAGUGGCGACAGGACCGCUAGCACCUUGGAUCUUGUGGUCCCUUUGGCUUGCCAGGAACAACCGUAUUUUCAACAAUAAGGACGCCACCCCCGAGGAAGUGAUCACGAAAGCCACUGCCGCGGCACAUGAAUGGCUACAGGAACAGAAGGCGGAUGACAAGCCAAAGACCAACCCACCAAGGCAGAGUCUCCCCUACCCGAACUCCACUAUUCUCCAUUCUGAUGCAGCUUGGCGGGGAGACCUCCAUUUGGCGGGACUGGGGUGGACUAUCGAUGAGGAAGGCCAGACUAGUUCAUUUAUGUCCCACUGUCACUAUGUUAACUCUCCACUGGUAGCUGAGGGACUAGCGCUAUGUGAAGCUUUAAGCUGCUGCAUCGCCAAGGGUCUCCGGCGUAUACUGUGCAAAUCUGACUCACUGAGACUUAUUAGAGCUCUCCACGAUGAAGCCCCUGUCUCAGAAAUUUAUGGCAUUGUCGCUGACAUUUUAAAUCUAUCGCUUGCUUUUGAUUUUGUUUCAUUUGCUUGGACUCAGCGAUCGGAAAAUAAGGCUGCCGAUGCUUUAGCAAGGCAAGCUUUAUGA